CCCAAAAUGCCUGGAAGAAAGUGGAGGCUAGUAGACAGUGGGGAGCAAAUAGUUUGGAGACUGGAAGGGAAUGGCGGAACUCGGAAGGGACACCUGUGAUUUGACUACAAAAUGUCUGGGUCUUCAGUCAUUCUUCCGCCAGUGAUAGAUUCGAUUCCGUCGUAUCAGAUACUUCUUCGUCCUCCUUCCCGCGUCGGAUCACAGCCAUUCCCCACAUCUCUUCUUCGAAAACCCCCAUUUCCUCGGAAAAAACUGUCUGCACCACCACCGCGAGUCAUCAGAAACAUGACUGGCACAGCUGAUACGCUUUGAAUUGGAUGAGUGCCCGUUGCCUGCUAUUCUGCAGUGGUUUGGAGGGAGAGAACACUCUCAGUCUCAGACCAUGCGUUUUCACUACUGCUUUGAAAGGACAGUAUCCCAACUUUUAGCAAGCUGGGAAUUUUUUCAAUCGUUACAUGCAGUAGCAGUUCUCUCGCCAAACUCGCUCCAAUUGAAGCUGUCCUUUUCGAUGUUGAUGGAACUCUAUGUGACACAGAUCCAAUUCAUCAUCGUGCCUUUGCUGAACUGCUUCAAGAGAUCAACUACAACAACGGGGAACCAAUAUCUGAGGAGUUCUUCAUCAAGAAUAUUACUGGCAAGCACAAUGAGGAAAUCGCAAAAUUUCUUUUCCCCAACGAUAUAGCUCGUGGCAUAAAGUUCAUGGUGGACAAGGAAACACACUUCCGAAAAUUGGCCGCUGAUCACAUUACAGCGAUAGAAGGCCUCUACAAAGUGAAGAAGUGGAUCGAAGAUCAUGGUUUGAAACGUGCUGCAGUCACCAACGCUCCGAAACACAAUGCUGAUCUCAUGAUCUCAAAACUUGGGCUGACAGAUUUCUUCCAGGCUGUCAUUCUGGGAGACGAUUGUGAGCAUGCUAAGCCACACCCUGAACCUUACCAGAAAGCACUCGAGGUCCUCCAAGUGUCGAAGGAGCACACGUUCGUGUUUGAGGAUUCUGUAUCGGGAAUCAAAGCUGGAGUUGCAGCUGGGAUGCCAGUUAUCGGUAUAACCACUAGAAACCCAGAGGAUUUGUUGAUGCAAGCCAAACCUACUUUCCUGAUCAAGAACUAUGCUGAUCCGAAAUUGUGGGCUGCUCUAGAAGAAGUUGAUAAAGCCAUGGGAGCUGGAAAUGGAGCUUCUGCUUGAAGAGGAGCUGAUAUGGUCGCCCAACCAUAAGAUCAGCAGCAUUGUUUUCUAUUUUGCCAUAGCCAUGCCAUGUAAGCCUAGAUGUAUAUUUGAUGACUAUUGAAUAUAGAUUGCUCGAUAGAACGAAUGUCGAAACUGGCUAGACAAGUUAUAGAUUAGAUCAUAGCAUUCAUAGCAUUCAGGUUAUUUCGGGUUGGAUGGGUCAUUAUAUUUAUGGGUUUGAUUCUGAAC